AUGCGAGCCUCACUCAAGACGUCGGCGUUGGCGGCGCUGCUGCUGCGAUGCGUCGAGGCUGCUCCUUUGGUCGGUAGGGGAGGGGACUGGACAACCGACUCUUACGAUUUCAUUGUCGUGGGAGCUGGACCAGCAGGCAUAAUUGUCGCCGACAGGUUGAGCGAGACGGGCGCAAAAACACUGCUCUUGGAGCAGGGAGGCCCGUCGUACGGUAUCACGGGUGGCAAGGAGAGGCCUGCUUGGUUGGACGGCACAAACAUGAGCCGUGUGGACGUGCCAGGAUUGUACAACACAAUCUUCGCAGGAUCCGAAACCCUCACUUGCGGUGACAGAGUCGCCGCCUAUGGCGGUUGCACAAUUGGUGGUUCAAGCGCCAUCAACGCCGGCCUUUACUUUCAGCCUCCAGCCUCAGACUGGGACAACUUCCACCCGGACGGUUGGAAGAGCGCCGACGUCGCCGCUGCCACCCAGAGGCUGUACGAGAGGCAGCCCUCCGUCGAGGUGACCACUCCAUCCAACGUGCAGUCGGGCUACGAGGCGGCCAGGAAGUGGCUUGUUGACGGGGCCGGCUACUCUGAGGUGGUCUUCAACGACGUGCCAGACCAGAAGCACGCCGUCUUUGGGCACACGUCCUACAAUUACAAGAACGGCCAGCGGGGCGGCCCAGCCACCACCUACCUGCAGUCUGCCCUGCAGCGUCCCAACUUUUCGCUGCAGAGCAACGUGACCGUCUCGCGAGCUGUGCGCACCGGGUCCAAGGCCACCGGCGUCUCCGCCGUGGUCGACGGUGUUGAGACCACCAUCCACCUGAGCCCCACCGGCCGCGUCGUCUUUAGUGGUGGCGCCGUCUUCAGCCCUGCUCUCCUGAUGCUCUCAGGAAUCGGACCCGAAGAUGUUCUUACCACCCUCUCCGAGGCGGGCGCCCUCGACCCAUCCCUGACCCCGUCGUCGUGGCUGAACAACAGCGACGUCGGUGCCGGCCUCUUCGACAACCCAAACACCUUUAUCGAGCUCACAGGGCCAUCCAUCGACUCGUACACUUACUCUUACAACUCUCCCGUCGAGGCCGACCGUGAGAUGUACCUCAAGGACCGCUCCGGACCAUACUCUUUCGCAGGCCAGACGUCCGCCUUCUGGACCUAUAUCAACCACACCGAUGGUACGCCGCCAACCGGCCUGCAGGGCACCAUCGGAACGGCCGGCUACUCCGACUUCACCAACGACAGCACCAUCACACUGAACAUCUACGGCACCUCAGGGCUCCUGUCCACCGGCAAGGUGGUCCUCAACCAGGACCCCAAGACGGGCAAGUUCAUCCCGGGAGGCGGAGAUGGAAACUUCUACAGCGACCCUGCAGGCCGUGACGCCGACGACAUCGCGCAGUUCAUCGCGGACCUGUUCGCGGCGCUGGACAAGAGCGACUCGGGCCUGGUGCCGCUCAACAUCCCCAAGGCGGCCACCAAGGAGGAGAUCAAGACCUACAUCACGACGUGGUCGGCCUACGCGAGGGGCAUGGUCAACCACUGGAGCUCCAGCUGCCGCAUCGGAAAGUGCGUGGACGCGCAGACGAGGGUGAUCGGCACCGAGAACAUCCACGUCGUUGACGCGAGCAUUGUCGCCCCGCUGACGGUCAACCCGCAGUUCGGCGUCAUGGUGGCCGCCGAGCGGGCGUCGGAGCUCAUCAAGGAGCUGGGCGACUCGACCGCUGUCGGGGUCAAGAUUGCGAUUAACCUAUAG